UUUCUUUCUGCAUUUUAUUGUUUGGAACCAUUCAAAAUAUUUGAAAAAAGAAAAGAAAAAUCUGACAAUGACUUUUUUCUCUCUAACUUGUCUACAUCUUUACUUUAAAUGAUGCUCUUUCUGCCCUCCUCCUCAUUCACCAAGUUCAUCUCUCCAUAACCAUCUUCACACACAAGCAGAGAGAGGAGAGAAAGAGAAAGAGAAAAUAUUUCACAUGAGAUGGCAAAAAACAUAGCUUCAUGUAAUCAUGUUGAGGAUGAUUACAUUGAUAUAGAGGUCAGUUCUUCCCCAAAAUUCUUGUGUUACACCAUCAACUCUCCACCACAGAGCAGUGAGUUUGAGUUCCAAAUGUGUUCUGUUUCUCAUGACAGAGAGUCCGCAACUUCUCCUGCUGACGAACUUUUUUAUAAGGGUAAACUCCUUCCUCUUCACCUUCCUCCUCGUCUACUCAUGGUUCAAAAACUCACCACCUCUGAGAAAAAAACAAAAGAUUCAUUAGAAGAAAACUGUCUCAUUCCCUUUGUUACUACUUCUAGUACUACUGCACCUGAUACAAGUACCCCAGUUGAAUUUUGUAAUGUCUCACCUUCAGAGUCUUGCAGAGUUAGUACUGAUAUGAACCGAGAUGAAUACUUCUUUGAAUGGUCGACUGAAAUGAGUGGCUUCAUUGACGGCGGCCAGUCAAAGAAAUCUUGGACCAGAAAGCUCAAACUGAUCAAGAAAUCUUCGCUGGGUCAAAAGCUCAAAGCUUCGCGGGCAUAUCUUAUGUCUUUGUUCAGUAAGUCUGGCUGUUCGGAUGAGUUCUCUGCGAAAGCAGCCUGUGAUGUUGAGCCAGAAAAUAUUUCAAAAAGAAACACUUGUUUAAGCAAGUCCCAGUUUGGAAAAAUUGUAAAUGAUAGAUACAAGAUAUCUACUGCUUUCUCCAAGAACAUUAGAAGGGAGAUGGUUGAGAAUGGUGCUAACAUCCACAGAAGGAGCUUCUCAGGAGCAAUUCAAAGGCAUUCUACAAUGAAGUGUUUAUCUUCAUCAACAUCUUCAUCUUCGUCUGGUUCUUCUUCAUCUUCAUCGUUUUCAUUUAGUUCAAUCAGGUUUUAUGAUUUGCAGUUGCUCAAGAGGAGUAGCAGUACGAACUCAGAGAUAGAAAAUUCAAUAGAGGGAGCAAUUGCUCACUGUAAACAGUCUCAGCAGCUGUUCACUUCAAGAAAAACAACAAAUGAAGCAGGGUUUUGUUCACUAUCUACUUCAAGGAUUUCAGUCUGUGGAGACCGAGAAAGACCUGAAGUCUGCACUUGCAGCAUAUGAAUAUGGUACCAAUAAAAACCAAAAAAAAAAAAAA